GCUGUUCCGUCCGUGCUCGUAGCCUUCACUCGGCCGCGCUCGGCAAAACUCGGGAAUCUCCGUGGAUCUCUGCGGGGGCAGAGGCCUCCUUCCCUUCUCUCGAGAGUACCGCCAGUGCUCACACUCCCGCGUAAGCGAGCGGCGGCGUAUACGCGUACGAUACCUUGCAUCACCUAUCACGGAAAGUCCAAUCCGUACGAUUCUAAUCUACGCGCGCGUUUACGGCUAUCAUUUAUUAUUUUAUUAUUUAUAUCCAUCUCUCUCUCUCUCUUCGACCAAUUAAUUCCAUUUGCGUCGUUUCUUUUAUCUCUUGUCAUCUCGUAUCUCUCGUAUCGCUCCUUAAAUCGUUUUACGAUUUGGUGCAAUUUGAUAAACAUACAGAGAAAGAGGGAGAGAGAUUGAAUGAGUUAGUGAGUGAGUGAAAAAGCGUGGAAAUUUCAUUGGAAACGAGCGCUGAUAGUGAUCAAAAAGGAAGGAAGGAAGGAAGGAAGGAAGGAAGGAAGGAAAAAGGAAGUAAUAGAAUAAACGUUCAAAGGAGUGGGGUUGGUCUAUGCAUCCGAUAAAAUAUUGUUUCAUCGAACAAGGAUUUACGAAUUUCUUGACGUGAUGUCAAAUUCUACGAUUCGAAGGAUUCGAGACAAGGCGUGCCGAUUCGUGAUAUAUCUCUCCUGUCGUUUCUGAAACGACAAUCCUGUGUUCUCCGAUUGAAAUUAGAAGAACGGAGUUUUGAAUUAAAUCUGGGAUACAAUUUUCGAUGGAUAAUAUCGUCCGUACGAAUUGUUUUCGUAUAGAAUCUAAUGGAUUUCUUUAAUUAGUGACAGGUUAGUGGACAUUUACGCGAGGACGGAUCGUAACUGCAGUAUCGCGAUUGGUGAUUCGUUUAAAUUGAAAAUUAAAUUCAGUUUAAUGAAAGAUCGUUCAAUCGUGCAGUGUCAGUUUUAUUUUUAUAUCGUUAAUUCUGUCAUCGUCGUUCGUGGCCACGUGAGACAAUCAUCAUCGGAUAUAAUUUUGGGAUCGUGAGAACGGAAAAAUACGGUUUUGGAAAAGUGCACGUAUAAAAGUCUUCCUAUUCCUCUUCGAUGCCUUUUUUUCAAAAAGUUUCAUCGAUCGUAAAAAAAGGUUCGCAUAGCGACAAGGUACUUAACAUAUUUCGUGACUGUUGACAAAAAAAAGGGAAGACAACAUUUCGUCGGUUCUACUACUACGAUUUUGCUAAAAGUUUUUGGAGCGAGAAAAGAAGUGUUCCGAAAAUCAAGCAAACGGUGUUCCCCUAUUGGUAGACAAAAUUGUCUGAUCAAGAUAUAAUAAUAUAACAAUCAGUUUAUACUCUCUCUGCAAGUGAUUUUUUGUUCACUUGAAAAGUUUAUAAUUCGUCGUCGUCGUCGAAAGUUCAAAGGAUUAAAUAUUCAUAGGAUAUUUUGUUGUUAUUGUUCUAAUGAAGUUUUUAAUGAUCAUAAUAAAAAAUUCGUCGGUCGUAGAACUGUGUCUAUGAGAAAGAAACAAGCGUGGUGAAAGACGCCCAUAAAGUGGAUCGAGGGAAGAAUAUCUUGAAUUUGGCUGGCAGUUGCACAUUGGCGGUCGUCAAGAACGGUCACGAGAACGGAGAACUAAAUAAUUUUUCUUCCAUUUCGAUUACCGUUAUCGAUUUAUUUCUAUCUCUAAUUAAUAAUUAUUAUUAUUUUAUUUAUAUUAUAUUCGUGGUUACGUAAUGUUCCUCGUGUUGAUAACUGUAAACAAAAAAAUAUUUGUCAGUGAAUAUUUAUAGGUUUUUAUAAUCGAAUCAAUUAUAAUAUAUCAAGAUCGAUCGAUAAUGUGUGCUUAGGAAGAGACUGAAUCUUUUAUUUUUAAUCUAUUCCCUUUGUUUUUUUACUUGCAAUAAUAUUCAUCGAUUGUGAUAAAAAAUCAAGCAGUGUUAUUUUUCAUUCUGUUGUUGUUGUUUUUUGUCUCUUGGAAAAGCAAGAUCUUUUUUAUUUCUAAGAAAAUUAAAGUUCGUCGUAUACUAGGAAAAAAUAGAAAGAGAAAAGAAGACGUGGGUGUUUACCUAUCCAAAGGAAUUUUGUGUGCUAACGUUGUCGAUGUGAUUCCAAUAGUGUUUUAUUUUACCAUCUCCUUUGGACAUAUGAAAUUCAACGACUUGGACAUCAUGCCAACGACGAGGAUUCUCAUUUUCUUCGCCUUAUGCAUCACCCCUAUCGUAAAAGCAGGCGAGGGUACCCAAUAUUUUCGGUUCAAGCCGAGAAAUAGUUCCGUGCUCGAGGGUGGCGAGGUGAUAAUACCUUGCGAGGUCGAGAACAGGGUCGGCAUCGUUCAGUGGGUCAAAGACGGCUUUGCUUACGUCAUACAACCGAACGGUGAAAUCGUCGGUCAUCCAAGAUUGAGACUGAUCGGUGAUCAAAACAAGGGAUUUUAUAAUCUUAGGAUUACCGAUGCUUCUCUUACCGAUGAUGGAGAAUAUCAAUGCCAAGUUGGACCAUAUUUACGAAUCAAACCGAUUCGUGCGAACGCUCAUCUCAUCGUCAUCUCAUUACCACAAAAAGUCGAGAUCAGUAGUCAACCGUUCAAGAAAAAUCUAGACGGCAAUAGUCAUUCGAAUAAAAACAAAAUCGAAGUUAAAGUUGGCGAAUCAACGCGUUUGGAAUGCGUCGUGAGAUCUGCAAAACCAGCAGCCUCGAUUGUUUGGUAUCGUGGAAAUGUACAAAUCAAAGGUGGUGACACUAGCAUCAUGCCGAUAUCGAUCGAAGGUGACAAGGAGAUGCUGAAGCCUGGCGAAACUACGAAGAAACUUCUCAAAUACGAUACCCACGGAUCUAUCACUAUAGUCCCAACUGCCGACGAUGAUGAGAUGGAUUAUACCUGCGAAGCCAAUCAUCCAGCAAUUCCCAUUAAUCGUCCGAUGCGGGCUACCAUCAAACUCUCCGUUUUCUAUCCACCAGGUAUACCAUACAUCGAGGGUUACACCGAGGGUGAAACCGUACAACGGGAUCAACAAGUGGAGCUUACCUGUCGAUCACGAGGUGGAAAUCCACCUGCCGAAAUUGUUUGGUAUAGAAAUAACAAACAAGUCACGACCAAGUAUCAUUCGGAAGGAAGCCUAUCAGAGAGUGUCCUGUCUUUCAAGGCCAUGGCACAAGAUGACAAGGCACGAUACAAAUGCGAGGUGUCCAAUAUCAUGAGUGUUGAACCCAUGAAAGUGCACGUUGACCUAACUGUACUUUUUGUGCCAGCCAAUGUGAUAAUCACCGGACCUACCGAGGCAAAGGCAGGUGAACAAGUUGUGAUUACUUGUACAACAGAGAACUCUAACCCACCUGCGGAUAUAAAGUGGUCGGUUGACGGUCGGAACUUUGAGAAUAGCACGUCGAAAACGGAACCAGCGUCUCAGGGUGGUUGGAUCACAACUUCGAAUGUGACUUUCAGUAUAAAUCACAAGAGUAGAAGCAUCGUUGUUAUCUGCCACGCGUCGAAUGCUAAACUUGCUGAGAAUGUGGUUGGCACACAUACUAUCAACGUCAUCUAUCCACCCUCGAACCUCUUCGUCACUGGUUAUGAAGAGGGUACAACUAUAGACGCUGGAACGGUAUUAAGACUUCAGUGCACAGCCACAGCUGGUAAUCCACUGGCAACUCUGACGUGGUAUAAAAACGAUAGAAAGAUACUCGGUACGUCCAGAACGAGAGAUCAAGCUGUUUCCAGUGAACUAGCAAUACUCGUUAAUGCAUCGGAUAACAAUGCACACGUUAGAUGCGAAGCUACCAAUUCUGCCACGGAAAUACCAUUGAUGAAAACUCUAAUAUUAAGAGUUAAUUUUCCGCCCGAAAAAGUGAAGAUCACGCGAGAACCGCAGGAUUUCCAUGCAGGUCAGGAAGGUCGUAUUAUUUGCGAAUCAAGUAGCAGCAAUCCAGCAGCAGAGAUGUCAUGGUGGAAGGGUGGUAUAUCGGUACCCUCAACGAAAAAUGGUACUAAAGCGGGUUUACACGGUGGUUUUCUUUCCUACGUCGAAUUGGCUUUGGAUUUAACGGAGGACAUGAACUGCGAAGUGUACACCUGUCAAGCAAGAAACGCUCAAAUGGAAAGGUCGAUACACGAUGCGAUAACGCUUCACGUUCUAUACAAGCCAAUAUUUUCAACACUGGAACAUUACGAGUUAACCGGCAUGGAAGGUGAACCCUUCGUAAUAUCCGUCUCAGCAACUGGAAAUCCUAAUACGGUAACUUAUACAUGGACAAGGGAUGGUUUACCUUUGAGUAGUAUAGGCAAAAGAAUAACUGCUCGUGGACCAACCCUGAAUAUCACCAAAUUGGAACGUUACGAUGCUGGAACGUACACGUGCGAAGCUAUCAACGAAGAAGGGACUACCUUUUAUCCACUCAAUUUGACCGUACAAUAUCCUGCCAAAAUCUUACACACGUCAACGUCGGGCACGGUAUAUCCACCUGGAAUCGAAGCUAAAUUGUUUUGCGAGGUAGACGGUAGCCCUAUAGGAGACGAAUUCGUGACUUGGCAAAAAGUUGGUUCCAAUUCUGAAUUACCUGGAAGAUAUUCGACAUCUUUCGCGAACAAAACUUCAUAUCUUCAUAUAGAACAUCCAGAAAAGGAAGACGUAGGAGAAUAUCGGUGCAAAGUUAACAACGGAAUUGGCAAUGCCACUUCGAAACCGAUUUUAUUCAUUACGAAUUUUACACCAGAAAUGAUGAAUACACCGUUAACGAGAAAGGCCGCGGCAAAUAAAGGAAUAAAUGCGCCACUUUAUUGCAAAGCACGGGGAUCACCGUUGCCACGUUUCACAUGGAUUUUCAAUGGGAGAUCUUUAUUACCUAACGCGACCGAACACAAAUAUAGCAUCACGCAUAGCGACUUAUCGGAGUUAAUAUCGGAGUCAACGUUGACGAUAUUCAACGUGAAAUCGCAUGAUUACGGUAAAUACGAAUGUCGUGCCGAAAAUAAGAUGGGUCAUUCUCUUGACAUCAUACAUUUGGAUGUGACAUCACCACCUGACAAACCACUCGAUUUAGAGGCUUGCAACAUGACUCACGAUUCUGUAACAUUGGUCUGGAAAAGAGGAUUCAAUGGUGGUCUACCAACGUCUCAUCAAAUACGAUGGAGACAGGCGUUGGAUUAUGAAAGUCGUUACAGAUAUUUAGACGUUUCACCUGGCGAAUAUAAAGCUACGAUAACUGGUCUUCAACUUGGAACUUAUUAUGUGUUUAGUGUUAAAGCAAUUAACGAAAAGGGUGACAGUGGUUUCUUACCGGACACCGUUAAGGUUCAGACACUACGCUCGAAUAACGUGGAAAACCUGCCAGACGUCCUCUUGGAAAGAGGGGAUUUCCCAAUGAAUUAUAUCUAUACGUUCGCAGCUACUUCCGUCAUCUUUUUUAUCGUUAAUCUCUUCAUCAUGUUGUGGUACAUUGUACGAAAACGAAAUAAAGCUCGAUUAAACAAGUCCCAGACAGCGGAUAUGUAUGCACCAUCUACCGUCAAUGGGGACACCAUGACCGGCGAAUUAAGUUCCGUGUCCGAUGAGAAGAGCGACGUUAACUUCGACGCUAAUGAUUACGUGGACGAGGGAAGAAAAACUGCAGCUAGUACAUAUUUAAUCGAUCAAACUAUGCAGGAUUACGGGAAGGGUAGUUUAGAGAUGCAGGUACAUCAUCAAGGAACUCUCGGUCGUCGAGGUAACCACGUACCAGUAAUGAGUAUGGAUUCCCCACCUCAAAGAACUACAGCCAGUGGGACACUCUCGGUUUCGAAGUCGAGUUACAUCGGGAAUCCAAGUCCUGCACCGCCCAACGACGUAAGCUUCUACAGUGUGGAAAUGGACAACGGCCGUUAUAUGGGAUAUGAGCCGAAUUCGAGCCCGGCACCAACAAUGGGAGAUCCGGGCUCGGGCACGUAUUACCCAUCAAUGCCAAUCACAGGACAACACACGGGGGGCCCCCUUGCGAGCAUGAACACUGGUGGAACGGGUACGUUGACCCGUUCGAGAACUCUACCACGACCUGUACCACCCCCGGAUGUUACUGUGAUGACGGCGGGUACAAAAUCAUUGAUACCACCCACCGUACCACCGCCCCCGGCUACUUUUGCACGUGCGAACAACAACGGUGCGCACAAUCAUGGUCACCCGUUAUCGACGUUCACACCGACACCGGCCUAUUCCGACAUUGACGGCCAUCUUGUCUGAGGUUCACCAAUUUUCGGCCCCAGCUCGGUACGCGGUAAAUAUCGUGCCGUACCUAGGGACGAAACAACGUGUUUGCCCGUCACCGAAAGAAGCACGAGACUUUAGGCCUAUUAUAUAAAGCAAACGCAAACUCAAACGCAAACGAUGAUAUCGAGACAUCAAAACUAGUUCAUUUAUUCUGUGCUAUGAUGCAUUGUACAAUGCAUUGACAACAACAACAACAAGAACAACAAUUAACGAAGCAACCGAUGACGAUGACAUUUUCCUUCGGAUUCGCGUGUUCCUUUUAACUAUCAUACUCGUGGAUUGUGUGCGUCGUGAUGCUAUUGCGUGACGGGACAUAUAUUAUUGAUAAUCUAACAGAUAAAGAGAAAAAUCAUUUGUUCUACGUAUACUCUCCUCCUCCUUCUCCUUCUCCUCCUCCUCCUCCUCCUCCUCUUCCUGCGAGGAGGUUGGAGCUGGGAGGCUGGGGACUAGGCUUGGGGGACAAUUUUCGGUGGUUUCAAUCUGUGGCUUACGUGUAAAUAUGGAUAUUUCGGGCGUGUGUUUAACUUUGAUGAUCGUGAAUCAACACGAUUGUCCUCGUUGGCAGAUAUUGAACGAAGAUUUUGUUGUUUUGGGGACGUUCGUGAUAAUAAUAAAUAAUUCUUUGCGUCGACGAUUAGAAAAUAAUUGCAUUUGCAUAUCAUGAAAAAAUCGUUCGUGCUUUUAAUCGUCGAUUUAAUCAUCGAACUCUUACAUUAUUAGCCGAGAAUUUGUCGAUCGAUAACCGAGAAACUGUUGGACACAUCCUCGACACGCGGUUUGUCGUUCUCUGUGUGUGCGUGGGUGGAUGUUAAUAUGUAUGUAUGUAUGUUUGUUUCUCUGCGUGUGUGUAUAUGUGUGUGUGUGUAUGUGAAUAUAUGCAUACGUACUUUAAUGAAUGUGUGUUUAAACAUCAUAAUAUGAAUCCUUUAUCUUCUCCGAGUGUAAUAAUAUAGAAAAUAAUUAUUCAUUUCAUUCGAUCUCGACGAUCGUUUAUUCACCAUAAACGAUCAUCGACAUCUGAUGAUUUAUUUAUGUUUCUUAAACAACAUUCACAUGAAGUUUUCUUUUCCUUUUUGCUAUAUUUGCGUCUCGAUAACGGCAACGUUAAUGUCGAUAAAAAAAGAAAGAAAACUUUCUUUGCUUAUUGUUAAAAACAAGUUGAAAUGAAGGGAUUAAUUAGAAAAAAAGAAAAAACAAAAUGCGCUCCUCCUGUUCGAGAAAAACAUUUUUCAAUCGAUUCGAUAUUGUAAUCAACAAUAAAACCAAAAAUCAAUAUUAAAUCAUUUUCUUCUCUUCGAUUUUCACGGAGGUCGGAUUAGUUUCUUUUUUUUUUUCUUUUUUUCUUUUCGCACGUAUGGGUAUCUUGAGACUCGUCAUCUGAGGUCCCUCCCCUCUCCACCUACACCUUCCCAUCCCCAAACCUCACCCCCAAAACCCUUUCCUUAUUUUAUUUUUUAUUCUUUUCUCUAUGGGUGACGCAUUAAAAUGAAACGCGAUUCUUUACGAUCUAUCGUAUUUUUUAUGAUGAUCUAUUAUAAUAAUAAUAAUAAUAAUAAUAAUAAUAAUAAUAAUAAUAAUAAUAAUCUUGGUAGAUAAUUAUAGUUUUAUCAGAAAAAUUCAAAAACAAAUUCAAUACAAAUUAUUCGCGAAUUGAAUCGAUUACAUAAUAAAUAAUUACAUUGAUAAAUAAAUAAAUGAUAGAUCGUAACGAAUUGAUGAUAAUGU